AUGCAGCCCUCCAUGGCCGCUGCUGAGGGCCUCAGCAACUCCCUUUUUGGAGUCUAUACACUCCCUAACUUCAAGUUCCAGCCACGACGUGAGAGUGUGGACUGGAGGCGCAUUAGUGCUCUGGAUGUGGAACGUGUGGCACGGGAGCUGGAUGUGGCCACCCUACAAGAGAACAUCACUGGCGUCACCUUCUGUAACCUGGACAAGGAGACGUGCAGCCGCUGUGGGCAGCCUGUGGACCCAGUGUUGCUGAAGGUGCUGCGCCUGGCACAGCUCAUCAUCGAGUACCUGCUGCACUGCCAGGACUGCUUGAGUGCCAGUGUUGCCCAGCUUGAGGCCAGGCUGCAGACCAGCCUGGGUCAGCAGGAGCGUGGUCAGCAGGAGCUGGGCCGCCAGGCCAAUGAGCUCAAGGGUGUGAGAGAGGAGAGCCGUCGGCGCCGCAAGAUGAUCAGUACUUUGCAGCAGCUGCUCCUACAGACAGGCACCCAUAGCUACCACACGUGCCACCUGUGUGACAAGACAUUUAUGAAUGCCAUCUUUCUCCGGGGCCACAUCCAACGCAGGCAUGCAGGCAUGGCGGAAGGCGGAAAACAGAAGAAGCAUGAACAGCCCCUGGAGGAGGUGCUGGAAGAUCUGCGGGCCAAGUUGAAGUGGACCCAAGGGGAACUGGAAGCCCAGAGGGAGGCUGAGCGGCAGCGGCAGCUCCAGGAAGCAGAGAUCAUUCGUCAGAGGGAGUUAGAAGCUAAGAAAGAUUUCGAUGAAUGGAAGGAAAAAGAGAGAACCAAGCUUUAUGGGGAAAUAGACAAGUUAAAGAAAUUAUUUUGGGAUGAAUUUAAAAAUGUUGCCCACCAGAACUCUACGCUAGAAGAGAAAUUGCAGGCACUGCAGUCUCAUAGUGUGACAGAUUCUAACCUUGGGUUGCUGAGGGAUGAAGAGCAUGAGGAGCGACUCCGGCAGGCACAGGAGCUCCAGGCCCUGAAGGAGAAGAUGGAAAUUCAGAAAACAGAGUGGAAGAAAAAAAUGAAGGAACUACAGGAAGCGCACGUGACUCAGAAGAUGGAGCUGCAGGAGGAGAAUGAGAGGCUGCAGGCUUCCCUGUCCCAGGAUCAGAGGAAAGCAGCUGCCCAGUCCCAGCGCCAGAUCAGUGCCCUUCGCGCCCAGCUCCAGGAACAGGCCAGGAUCAUCACUUCCCGGGAAGAAAUGAUCCAGACUCUGUCCCUCAGGAUGGUUGAGGGGACCCUCCAGGGGCCAAAGACUGCAGACACAGAGGAAGACUCUCCUGAGGAAGAGUUGGAGAGCUCCCAGGAUCGACAGCAGAUGGUGCUGCCAACUCUGAGGCUAAACCCCACCUUGCUAAAGCAGUUCAGACCAAUUCUGGAGGACACCCUGGAAGAGAAACUGGAAAGCAUGGGGAUUCGGAAGGAUGCAAAGGGAAUCUCAAGUCAGACUCUUAGACAUCUGGAGACUCUCAUAAGAGCCCAGCGGGAGCAGAAGGCUGGAAGAUUCUCUGAGUUUCUGAGCCUGAGGGAAAAACUCAUCAAGGAAACUACCAGCAGAGUGAAGGAGAGACAAAAGAAUGGGGCCAUGGUGGCCCUAACAGAUGGCGAACCUCCAGUCAAAAGCCAGCGGAGCUCACUGGUCAUCAAAGAAGCCCAGUCAAAGGCCAGGACACUGCAUGUGGCAUCACCAUACAAACCAGCAGAGCUGCCCACGCCGACUCCUCAGAACCGUGACAGCCGUGGCCCUGGCCAGACCCAGGUGCCCACCCCAACCCCCCGACUCAGAGUGCGAGGGUCUGCCAGCAGCCCCACUUCUCCCGGGCUUGGGCUGAGUACACCCCCAUUUAGUUCUGAAGAGGACUCAGAGGGAGACACUGUACAGCGCAUGUCUCUUCGGAAGCCUCAGGGUUCUUCCAAGAUGGCGUCCCGGCCGGAUGAUGACUGGGACUGGUCUGACACAGAAACCUCGGAGGGAAAUGCCCAGCCUCCUGGCAAGGGCUCAGAUGGGCUGGCUUCCACAGAAACACUGGUACAAUCAAUGGUCAAAAACCUGGAGAAGCAGCUUGAGGCUCCAGCGAAGAAGCCAGCUGGAGGGGUCAAUCUGUUCUUACUGCCCAAUGCCAGACCACAGGGCGCUGCCACCCCAGGACGGAAGCCUCAGUUUUCUGAAGAUGAAAGUGACUUGGAGAUUUCUUCCUUGGAGGAUUUCCCCCAGGACCGGGGCCAGGAGAAGUCAAAACCCUUGUCUUGCUCGCAGUUCCAGGAGAAGUUUGGCACCAGUGCUUGGAGCUCCAGCCGACCCAAGGUCCCUGGCUGGUGA